UCUCGUUGAUUCAGUCCAAUUAACGAUCCAUAAAAAAAGGUGAAAAUGAUUUCUUUGCUUUACUUGUUGUUGUUUAUUUGCCCAUUUAAUUCAAGUUAAUCAGAGUAAGAUGAUGUUGAUGAUAGAGAGGAUAAAGACGAUUCUGUGGAUUAUGAGUAAACAGUUUCACAUGACAAGAGUUUCCUAAGAAAUCGUAAUCAACCGGUAACUUAGCUGUUAGACAAAACAAGAUGAUGAAAAUGUAUACCAACGAAAUAUAAUUUUAGCAUUCUGCCGAGAUGAAGAUGUGAAGAGAUGAAAAGAAAGAUGAAAGAAAAGUUGAAAGACAAAUCUUGCAUUGAGUCAGUGUAAAAGCAGUUGGCUGAGCAUGAAUUCAAGCAACUAAAGUCUAAUGUACAUUCAAUGCUUAAACUUCAUCUCUCAUCAUAUUCCUUAUCAUAAUCAACUGUAAAGCUGAACAGUUAAUAGUAAACUUUUCUUGAAACUAAAUCAAUCUUUAUUACUUUAGUUAAAUAAUCUUUCAACAAACAAUCAAAGUUUUCCGUUCAAUUUUCAUUCUGCAUUCUGUGCUUUCCUGGUCCAAGUUUAACUGAAAGUUUAACGCAAUUUGUGGACUCUCUUGCUGACAUUCACUUCUCAACUUUUGUUAAUUGUUUACUUUUGCAAGUACCAAAGGUACUUAUAAUCAGUCAAACUGGUUACUAAAAUCAAACUGGCCAUGUCGGCUGAUAGUCGACGUAGCUCUUCUUCAUCAACCUCAGCCUCUCAACCUUCAACUCCAAGUACAGGUCCAUCCACUCCAACCGGUAAAUCGCCGCCAUCCUUUGAAGGUUCUUCCUUUAGUCGGUACAAUAGUUCAACUAAACGUAAAUUGAAUCCGGUUCGUCGAUGUCAGUCAAUGAAAAAUCCAAAUGCAGGCAACAUCAAUGGAACCUCCAGUAUAACCAGUUUAACCAACGGUAUCAGUCCAUGUAAUAGUAACAACAGUUCUUUCAGUUCAAUCGGUUCAACUCCAAGUUUCCGUUCCAGGCGUGUCUCAUCGACUCCGUCUUCCCUUGAAAAUGGACGUAACCACACGGAAACUGACUUUGUUAAAUACUAUCAAUACAAGAUCAAUCGACCUGAUACAAGUUUACCUUUCACUAUUAUGAUCUCAAAUGAUUCCCAAGAAACAAAAACCCAAUUCAAUUCAAAUGGCAAUAAACACUCAACCAAUGCCAAAACCAAUGACACAAACGAUGCCAACAAUAGCACCAACAAUGAACAUAGUAAAUGUCGAGUUUUGGUUCUUGGUUCAACCAGUUGUGGAAAAACAAGUUUAAUACGCUCAUUUGAGGAUUACAUUGAACAAACAGACGAUUCAAUUGACCGUGAUUACGCUUACUACCGAACCAAAUAUCAAGAUGAAAACCGAUCAAACAAUCCAACUAAACGAUCAAAUGAAAUUAAGCCCGCUCUUUAUUUACAUUUCAUCGAAGCAACCUCAUUGCACUCUUGUUAUCCUCAGUCACCGUUAAACUUUUAUCAACCCGAUGCUUACAUAGUCGUCUAUGGAGUCAACUCUAGAGAAUCGUUUGAAGGAGCGAAAAAGAUCAUCGAUGAAAUUUUCAAAUGGGACGACGUUGAUACUAAACCAAUUAUUUUGGUUGCCAAUAAAACUGACCUGGUUCGAAGUAGGAUCGUAUCCAAACAAGAAGGAAGACAACUUGCCAUGAUGAACAACUGCAAGUACAUUGAAACUAGCUGUACAAUAUCUCACAAUGUUGACUUUUUACUGACUGGGAUUGGAGCUCAAAUAAAUUUGAAGAUAAACUCUAAAAGAUGUCAACCCAAUGGCAGGAAGCCCAACAUUAUAAAACGUUUUUUGAACAAAGCUGUUCUCAAAAAGUCAAAAUCAUGCGACAAUUUACACGUCCUUUGAACGCCGUUCAACUUGAUUAGCGAAGAAAGGAAUUAACUUUUGGACAAAAUUACAAUUGUUUUAUUACCAUCAAUGGUUUACCAUUUGAUUCCCAGCAUUAUUGACUAUCAUAUCGUUGUUGUAUUAUAAUAUUGAAUACUGAUGCAUAAGCAUUACCUGACAAUGAAACUCAUUAUUUUUAACAAAA